CACAUUGCCUUUCCCAGCGUCUCAGUGACACUGCGUGGUUGCGCUGCACUGCAGAGCCGAAAGUAACGGCUAUCUGCCGGAUAGAGAACGAACUGUGAAUUUAUCAGCUCACACACACGUAUACACACACUCUCAAACACCGCACGCAACGCUCCCAGAGUGAAGGGGAAAACCUUGGGGACCGGCGCAUUCGUGAGUACACAGCAAACUGAUCAAUCUGGACUGAAACGGCACCACUCACUCCUGUGUCCCACCACCGCUUAAGGAAUAUCUAUUUUUAAUAUACAUACCUAUUUUUUGCUUGUAAGAAUUAUUGAGAACUUUUUUUCUCCAAACCAUUCCAUUGUGGAUUCCAGCAGAUGCAGAAAGUGGGACUUUGUCAUAUGAUAUUACGCAUAUUUUACGCGCGCGUGUCUAGUGCACAGUGACUGUUUUUCUGAGCUGUCGUGCCGUGUCUUGUGUGGAAAGUUUUAUUCUGGUCCUGUGUAACACAUGCUGCAUGCUGUAGUAGCUUCAGCCGCGAGCACCGCGAGCCUUCCUGCUCUCCUCCAGCAGAGAGACUGGACUCUGUAGUAAACACUGUCCUUGCGCCAGUCGAGGCGAAGAAGAAGGAUACAGGAUUUUUUAUUUUUUUAAACAGACAACAACACAGCAACAACUCCAGAACAGGAGAGGAGAAAAUAAAAUAAUCCCCUGUGCUGCUUUCCUUCACAACCACUGACUCAAGGAUAGUAAAUCAGAGGGCGCGAGCCGGUACAGAGGUGGAGGGAGGACAAGACAGGUUGGUGUCUCCAAAUUUCACCGGGGGGCUCGAGUUUCAGACUGGGAUAAAUUGUCAACAAGAAAAGCGUCAGAGGCGAACUGGCAGGUGUACAAGUUCAUUUGCUUGCAUACAUAUAUUUACACCGGUGCCGCUAUAAAUAGUAGUUGUUUUAAGGACUAGCAGCUUAAUACGAAGUACCCCCUCCUCUAUACAACCUUACAACUCCACGCACCGGGCGUGUGCGCGUGCCUAUACAUACGCCACACAGACCUCCUCUUCGAAUCGAAGAAGCAAUCUGCAUCUGCGAGGGCUGCCCAGUGUCCUGCCCGGUGUUGGUUUGGCUGUAAGGGCGGGAGUCGUCGCAUGGACUGACAUGGCCACCGACCUCGCCAUGAGCGCAGAGCUGCCCAAUAGCCCCCUGGCCAUCGAGUACGUCAACGACUUCGACCUAAUGAAGUUCGAAGUAAAGAAGGAGCCUCCAGAGGCUGACCGUUACUGCCACCGCCUACCCCCGGGAUCCCUCUCAUCCACCCCGAUUAGCACGCCCUGCUCCUCCGUGCCUUCCUCGCCCAGCUUCUGCGCCCCCAGCCCCGGUGGCCAGUCGGAACAAAACCUGGCCAACGGCGUCAACAGCAACAACAGCGGCAGCAGCAACCCCCAGAGCGUCGGCGGUAAGCCCCAGCUGGAGGACCUGUACUGGAUCCCCAGCUACCAGCACCACAUCAACCCCGAGGCCCUCAACCUGACCCCAGAGGACGCGGUGGAGGCCCUCAUCGGCAACGCCCAUCACCAUCAUCACCACCACCAGGGCUACGAGGGCUUCCGCGGACAGCAGUAUGUAGGGGAGGAUCUAUCCGCGACCUCGGCCGGCCACCAUCACCAGGCCCACCAUCACCACCACCACCACGGACACCGCCUCGAGGACCGCUUCUCUGACGAGCAGCUGGUCAACAUGACAGUGCGUGAGCUCAACCGGCAACUGAGGGGGUUCAGCAAAGAGGAGGUGAUCCGCCUGAAGCAGAAGAGACGCACGCUCAAGAACCGGGGUUACGCGCAGUCCUGCCGCUACAAGCGCGUGCAGCAGAGGCACAUGCUGGAGAGCGAGAAGUGCACGCUCCUCAGCCAGGUGGAACAGCUGAAGCAGGACGUUGCGCGCCUGGCCAAAGAGCGGGACCUCUACAAGGAGAAGUACGACAAGCUGGCGAGCCGAAGCUACAACGGUUGCGGGCCCAGCAACAACAAUAGAGACCCCUCCAACGGAAACCACGGGAAACCGGCCUCCACGGAAUUCUUCAUGUAAGAGACUGAUUCGUGACAUAAGACUUUUGCCCCCUUCUUAAACGUAUUUAAAGUGAUUCGUGACAUAAGACUUUUACCCCUUCUUAAACGUAUUUAAAGUGAUUCGUGACAUAAGACUUUUACCCCUUCUUAAACGUAUUUAAAGAUUUUAAAAAUAUAUAUAUAUUAUUUC